AUGGCUCUAGAUCUGACCUACUUUGCCCAUAGUCUUAGUUCCGGACAUGAAGAAAGUCCAUGCCCAUCGGCUGCUCCGUGGCAGAAUCUGCCCUUAGCUUCACUCCCGUCACAGCCAGCCGGUAAUACACGCCUCACACUUCUGGACGGCUCAAUCUAUAAAGGCCCCAGGUUCAACCUAACUCGCAAUCCAUACCAUCAUGAUCUAGGACCCUCCAGCCUACAGUAUGGUCUGCUAGAUGGGUCCCUUCAUACCAUCAGCAACGACGCCUUGACCACCUCGUUCAACGACGGAAGCACAUGGCCGAUUGCUGACCCGUCAGAAUAUCAGGGCGUCAACAAUUCAUGCGCUCGUGUUCCGGACUUUGGCUUUACCGACUUGUCAAACUCUUUCGACAGUUCUCUUUUAGCUAUUCCCCAUCCUGAGUGCCAGACUUCAGGCUUCGUUGCAUGGGAUAUUGCUCAAGAGCCUCAGGCGUUCCCCUCAGGUCUGCCUCACAGAGAUAAGGCCACACUGUCAUCACAGAGUCCAGGGGGCAUCCUGCUGGACCACGACGACGACUUCAACCUUUUCGCCCCAGGUGCUUCUGUUGAACCCUCUGGUUCGCCCACUCAGGCGCUCCAAGAUUUCGACUUCUCAAUCAUUGGUGGGUUCGGUGAUGUUGGCUAUGCGAGCCCAAGCUCCUGUCACUCCAGUACCACAACCACCACAGAGGUUUCCAUGAGCAAACAAUAUGAGGGAAUGAGGAACUUGACGAGUGUAUCUAGCCAAGCCUCCUACACCCCCUCCCCUCCGACUGCCAGCAGCAAGAUGCGUAGAGACGAUUCCGAUUCCGAGAGGUCAUCGACGCCAGGCGAUUGUCCCUUUUGUGAUAACUUCAGUGGAGAUGCGAAGCGACUCAGGUUCGUGCACUCGCAGUAUCGUAAAUCUACGCAUGCCAAUUCAUCUAUUACAGGGAGCAUAUCCGAUGUCACAUCAAGGAGCAUACCUGUGAAGUCCCUCGAUGUUUUCGGCGCUUCAGCACUGCAAGGGAUCUCCAGAGGCACAAUAAGUCUGCCCAUCGGAAGGAAACUCUCAGGUGCUACAUCUGUGCAGCUAGUAUUCGAGGCGGGCGCGUAG